UCGCAUAAAUAAAAUCCCAACCAUGAGUAAAAGAGUUGAAAUGUAACUUAUAAGCUUAAACAGGGCGGAUGGGUAGUGUCGGUGGGGAUGUGUGAAUCUUCCCUGUUGAUUUUGGAAUCUCAACUAGUCUGAUUGGGAGAGGUGAUCCAACACAAGACAUCACUUGCAUUCUACAUGAAACAAAUAUCACACCAAAACUAAAGUAACAUAGCAGCAGCAGCAUCAUAUAAUUCUAGCGGAUACCAACCAAGCCUAAGUCUUUUGGGUUGCAGGGGAAGCUGAAAUGAAAAGGGGGGUUUUGUUGUUGUUUGUUGUGGUGGUUUUGAGUGUUGGUGUGAAUGGGGAUUCUUCCAAAGAGAUCCUGGUGAAGAAAGUCAAGGGACAUAGAGUUUGUAGUCAAGGAUGGGAAUGUAAGCAAUGGUCUAAGUAUUGUUGUAAUCAAACAAUCUCAGAUUUGUUUCAGGUUUAUCAGUUUGAAGAGCUUUUCUCCAAGAGAAAUACGCCUGUGGCUCAUGCUGUUGGAUUCUGGGAUUACCAGUCUUUCAUUCUGGCAGCUGCUCAGUUUGAGCCUCUUGGCUUUGGUACCACAGGUGGAAAGCUUAUGCAGAUGAAGGAGAUUGCUGCUUUUUUCGGUCAUGUUGGAAGUAAAACCUCCUGUGGUUAUGGAGUCGCAACUGGAGGACCAUUGGCAUGGGGUUUGUGCUACAACAGAGAAUUAAGUCCUAGCCAAUCAUAUUGUGAUGACUCAUACAAGUACACAUACCCAUGUGCUCCUGGGGCUGAAUACUACGGACGUGGUGCUCUGCCUAUCUACUGGAACGUCAACUAUGGCGCUGCUGGGGAGGCCCUAAAGGUGGAUCUAUUGAACCAUCCAGAAUACAUUGAACAGAAUGCUACCCUUGCAUUCCAGGCAGCAAUCUGGAGGUGGAUGACCGAAAUCAAGAAGGGGCAGCCUUCAUCACAUGAUGCUUUCGUCGGCAACUGGAAGCCCACCAAGAAUGACACUUUAGCCAAGCGAACUCCUGGUUUCGGUGCCACCAUGAAUAUUCUUUAUGGGGAAAUGGUAUGCGGUCAAGGUGACAUCGAUGCCAUGAACACCAUCGUCUCCCAUUACCAAUACUACCUUGACUUAAUGGGUGUUGGCCGUGAGCAGGCAGGACCACAUGAAAUACUCACGUGUGCAGAGCAGGAAGCUUUCAAUCCAGCAACCAAAAGUAAAGAUGACUCUUGAGAUAUAUCAUAUCACUAGAACUGCAGAAGAGGAGGCAUGUGCUACGAGAUUGUGUUCCGUUUUAUCUCAAUAAGUUUGAGCAAUGGUUAAAGUUACCAAGUUUGUAUUAAUGAUUUCUUCCCAGUUCUAUAAAAUUUUGAAUGCGCUGUUGCUAAAUGUUUGUGUGUAUGAUUUUGUAAUUAUGCUUUUAUAUAACGAUGCUGCAAAAACAAUUAAUUAUCAUACUUCCUGUUUUUCUUAUAA